UCGCGCCUCGCCGGCGCACAGCGCUAGGAGCGCUCCUGCGGGUACCGUUGUGGGGCCCUCGGUAGCGGGUGGCGCCGAACGGGAGCCAGGGCGCCGGUGCAGUCGCUGCGUGUCGAGGACCUGGACUGCACAGGGAGCUGGGCCGCAACGUCCGGACUGGUCGGACACUGUGCUUAGCGCAUUGCGGCGACCUCGCCUUUCCCGGCCGCAAGCGCGCGCCGCAGCUGGAAAAGCAGCGGAGCCCGAGGACUUUUCUCCGCUCCCAGGGGCGCACCACACCAGUGCUGCAGUCAGUGCACACCGUGGCCCCCGGAGGGGCGAUGGAACCCGGGCUGCCAGAAGCGUGAGGAGCCGCCGCCGCGUUCUGGAGAGCGGGGGGCGCACGAUCUGGGGACCCCCGGCGGCGGACCCGAGCCCUCCCCCCCGCCCCGCCUCCGGGGCACCAGCUUCGGCUCCAUUGUUCCCGCCCGGGCUGGAGGCGCCGGGCUCCGAGUGUCGCCGGGAGUCGUGCCUCGGCCGCGGAGCUCUCGCGACCCCGCCAGAAGAACCUGAACGGAACCCGCAGACGACCGGCCCGAGCGCAAGCCAUAGACACCGGCCGCGCCACGGCGAGCUCUCCAGAGGCGGGACCGCCGCGCCAAGUGAGAGUCAGCUUGAGGAGGCAGAUCAAGCUCCCGCUGAGUAUCCAUGGCGGUGUGGAGCCUCGUCACCAACCUCUAAGUGCAGAUCUGGGAUGUGGGGCUGGAGGACCCUCCUCUUCUGGGCUGUGCUGGUCACAGCAGCACUCUGCACGGCCAGGCCAGCCCCGACCUUGCCCGAACAAGCUCAGCCCUGGGGAGUCCCUGUGGAAGUGGAGUCUCUCCUGGUCCACCCUGGUGACCUGCUACAGCUUCGCUGCCGGCUGCGGGAUGAUGUGCAGAGCAUCAACUGGCUGCGGGACGGGGUGCAGCUGGCGGAGAGCAACCGCACCCGCAUCACAGGGGAGGAGGUGGAGGUGCGGGAUUCCAUCCCCGCUGACUCCGGCCUCUACGCUUGCGUGACCAGCAGCCCCUCUGGCAGCGACACCACCUACUUCUCCGUCAAUGUCUCAGAUGCGCUCCCCUCCUCGGAGGAUGAUGAUGAUGAUGAUGACUCCUCUUCAGAGGAGAAAGAGACGGACAACACCAAACCAAACCGUAGGCCUGUAGCCCCAUACUGGACAUCUCCAGAAAAGAUGGAAAAGAAACUUCAUGCUGUGCCAGCUGCCAAGACGGUGAAAUUCAAGUGCCCCUCCAGCGGUACACCCAAUCCCACUUUGCGCUGGUUGAAAAAUGGCAAAGAAUUCAAACCUGACCACCGAAUUGGAGGCUAUAAGGUUCGUUAUGCCACCUGGAGCAUCAUAAUGGACUCUGUGGUGCCCUCUGACAAGGGCAACUACACCUGCAUCGUGGAGAACGAGUAUGGCAGCAUCAACCAUACUUACCAGCUUGAUGUUGUAGAGCGGUCCCCUCACCGGCCCAUCCUGCAGGCAGGGUUACCUGCCAACAAGACCGUGGCCCUGGGCAGCAACGUGGAGUUCAUGUGUAAGGUGUACAGUGACCCACAGCCUCACAUCCAGUGGCUCAAGCACAUUGAGGUGAAUGGAAGUAAGAUUGGCCCGGACAACCUGCCAUAUGUCCAGAUCCUGAAGACUGCUGGAGUUAAUACCACCGACAAGGAGAUGGAGGUGCUUCACUUACGAAAUGUCUCCUUUGAGGAUGCGGGGGAGUAUACGUGCUUGGCGGGUAACUCUAUCGGACUCUCCCAUCACUCUGCAUGGUUGACCGUUCUGGAAGCCCUGGAAGAGAGACCAGCUGUGAUGACGUCACCGCUCUAUCUGGAGAUCAUCAUCUAUUGCACCGGGGCCUUCCUCAUCUCCUGUAUGGUGGGCUCUGUCAUCAUCUACAAGAUGAAGAGCGGCACCAAGAAGAGUGACUUCCAUAGCCAGAUGGCUGUGCACAAGCUGGCCAAGAGCAUCCCUCUGCGCAGACAGGUAACAGUGUCCGCUGACUCCAGUGCAUCCAUGAACUCUGGGGUCCUCCUGGUUCGGCCUUCACGACUCUCCUCCAGUGGGACCCCCAUGCUAGCUGGAGUCUCUGAGUAUGAGCUUCCUGAAGACCCCCGUUGGGAGCUGCCGAGAGACAGACUGGUCUUAGGCAAACCUCUUGGAGAGGGCUGCUUUGGGCAGGUGGUAUUGGCGGAGGCCAUCGGGCUGGAUAAGGACAAACCCAACCGCGUGACCAAAGUGGCUGUGAAGAUGCUGAAAUCCGACGCAACAGAGAAGGACCUGUCGGACCUGAUCUCGGAGAUGGAGAUGAUGAAGAUGAUCGGCAAGCAUAAGAACAUCAUCAACCUGCUGGGGGCCUGCACACAGGACGGUCCUCUUUAUGUCAUUGUGGAGUAUGCCUCCAAAGGCAACCUUCGGGAGUAUCUGCAGGCCCGGAGGCCUCCUGGGCUGGAAUAUUGCUACAACCCCAGCCACAACCCCGAGGAACAGCUGUCCUCUAAAGAUCUGGUAUCCUGUGCCUAUCAGGUGGCCCGGGGCAUGGAGUAUCUAGCCUCUAAGAAGUGCAUACACCGAGACCUGGCUGCUAGGAAUGUCCUGGUGACAGAAGACAACGUAAUGAAGAUCGCAGACUUUGGCCUAGCUCGAGACAUUCACCAUAUCGACUACUAUAAAAAAACCACCAAUGGCCGGCUGCCCGUGAAGUGGAUGGCACCCGAGGCGUUGUUCGACCGGAUCUACACCCACCAGAGUGACGUGUGGUCUUUUGGGGUGCUCUUGUGGGAGAUCUUCACUCUGGGUGGCUCCCCAUACCCUGGUGUGCCUGUGGAAGAGCUUUUCAAGCUGCUGAAGGAGGGUCAUCGUAUGGACAAGCCCACUAACUGUACCAAUGAGCUGUACAUGAUGAUGCGGGACUGCUGGCACGCAGUGCCCUCUCAGAGGCCGACUUUCAAGCAGCUGGUGGAAGACCUGGACCGCAUUGUGGCCUUGACCUCCAACCAGGAGUAUCUGGACCUGUCGAUGCCGCUGGACCAGUACUCUCCCAGCUUUCCCGACACACGGAGCUCUACCUGCUCUUCAGGGGAGGACUCUGUCUUCUCUCAUGAGCCGUUACCUGAGGAACCCUGUCUGCCCCGACACCCGGCCAAGGAACCCUGUCUGCCCCGACACCCGGCCCAGCUUGCCAAUGGUGGACUCAAAAGGCGCUGACUUCCCCAGUUUCGUCGUCACCUGUGCCCCUCACCCAUAAUUCCCUGCGGGACACACUGCCUCUCCCUUUCUCCUUUGUUGCUGGCAAGAGCCGGUGUGUACUUGAGGCCUUCCUGUGUGGCCUGCCCCCGUCAUCACCCCGCCACCCCAGACCCCUCUUCCCCUUCUCAACCUGCCGUGUGAGAGGGGAGCCAAGAGGCAGGUACUUGCUGGUAGCCACUUCCUCCUUCCCGGGUGUUGGACCAAGACCCCUCCUGCUGCCUGGUACUCCUUGGAGGCCUGGGGAGUAGAAUAACAGGAGAGCGAGCAAGAGCUCUCUCGAGCGUUCUGGUCGACCCAUUGGCCUCCUGUGUUCUGGUGGCAGCAGCCGUGGGGCUACUGAAGCAGUGGGGUUUGUUUCUGUUCAGGCCUUUACUGAAGACAGCCUCUGCUUCGGAUGGGUGGUACCAGUGGCUUCUUAAUUCCAAUACUAAUUUGCUUUGCUGACCAAAUACCUGGUACCAGAAGAUGGUGAGGCAGAGAUGGGGAGCAGUGAUGUGGUCCUGGGGCUGAGCCCUAGACUCGGGGCUCUGUACAUAGCUAUGAAGAAAACACAAAGUGUAUAAAUCUGAGUAUAUAUUUACAUGUCUUUUUAAAAGGGCCGUUACUAGAGAUUUACCCAUUGGGUGAGAUGCUCCUGGUGGCUGGGAGGCAUCCAUUGCUAUAUAUUAAAAACAAAAACAAAAAAAAAGGAAAAUGUUUUUUAAAAGGUCAUAUAUUUUUUGCUACUUUUGCUGUUUUAUUUUUUUAAAUUAUGUUUUAGACCUAUUUUCAGUUUAGGUCCCUCAAUAAAAAUUGCUGCUGCUUCAUUUUUAUCCUGGGCGUGUGAAAAGGGAGCAGAUGUCCCUGCAAAGGAGGGAGACAGGGACUAAGGGGCCAUGAGCUGUUGGCACUGUGUGCUUUCUGUGUUUCCCUGACCUCACAGGCAGCCCUUCUAUCUCUGAUUUGGGAAAGACAGGGAAAGAAGACCAAAGUAAUGGAGGGCAGAGAACCAAGACUACGAGCUUGUUUCCUCCGACCAGAUUGUUUCCUCAGAGGAGAUGAAACUAGCCAACGGUAGAACGAACCAUACAGAGACUCAAAGCCCAAACCCUGUGUGGGUGCGCCUUUGCAUCUGUGAGAGAAAAUGUCACCCAAAGCUAGUCUUGUCUUAACCAACCUCCUCUCCAUUUCCUUUCCCAUUCCUGCCCUCCCCUUCCAGGUUGCAUUUGUUGGGACUAUCCCUGAUCUUGGCUUGUGGUUUUUCCUAUACAAACUCCACCCACCCCUCAGGAAAGGGAAAACAAUCUCCUUUGGUUUGGUUCUGCUUGGAGACUUACUUCUGCCACCUGCUGGUGGUUAUUGUCCUUUCAGGUGGCACCUUAUCUGGCUGAGACCAGCCCUGCUGUAUUCUUAGUGCUUACUGCUGGGUCACUGCUGAAUACAAGACAGUUCAAUGUGGCCUCAUCCUGCGGGGAUUAAGGCUGCUUCUUUAAUACAUUCUGAGCGGGGCAUUUUUGGUGACUAUAGUUUUGGUCAUCAUCAUGGAGUUGUUAUCAUUGUUUCUCUCUGUAAACAUGUAACUGUCAAAAGUAUUACAAGUGUUUUCUUAUGCUGAAAGGUAUAAUUCGGCGAAGAAGACCAGGGAAUGAAUUUUAGCUCAGACUCAUCUGCUUAGAGGUCAUAUCAUAGUUGUUUUCCUUGUUAAAAUAGUGACCAUAAUUUCUGCCUCAGUGCUGCUUGGCUCAAUGUUGUGUGAAUGGAUGGGAGAAUCUACAGAGGGCUUUGUAUGAUUUGAGGAAAGAUGCUACGGAAUAGAAGGCACCGAAGUCCUCGCUGUUGCUAUUCAAAUUGCCCACAAAUAUCCCCCGAGACAGGGUGGCUAUCAAAUAAAAGACAGUAAAAUUGA